AUGGACUGGAGCACUCAAUAUCAAAAAACUGCUUCUGAGCAUCAAUUAACCCAAAAGCAGAAUCCCCAGCUCCAGGCUGCAAGUCAGAUGAAAGACUGCAUGGCGACCCUUCGCAAAGCAUUGAAAACCAAGGCGUUCACCACAGAAAUCUCCCUUUUCAUAUACCCAUCAGCUGGAAAGGCUGCUCGCAAGGCUCAGACCCUCCCUGUUCACAAGAAAUGGAUGGGAACAGAUCUCACAAAGGAGAUGUUUGACUUUGCGAAGGCGGAGCUGAACAAGGGAUAUUACAGCGUGGCAGCAGCUCAACAAUCAAAGCCGAUCACUCUUAAUUUUGAGGAGUAUGGCUAG